GCAAAGCCCCUUUAAGGGCUCUGGGGCAGCGGCGGGAGGCGCAACAUUAAUUUUAGCCUGGAGCAGCGCCAGGGGCGCAGGGCUGCAGGGCAGCUGCUGCGGGCAGCAGGGGGGAGCGCCUCCGCACCCUGCCCUCCCCCGGCCUCCCCAGCACAGCCCCUCGGCCCCCUCCCCAGCCCGCCACCGCCCGCAGCCAAGCUGGCGGCAGAGCAGCCAUGGCAGAGGAACAGACGGAGCUGGAGGAGAGGAUCAUCAUCAAGGACCAGCACACCAAGGAGAUCGACCUGGUGAACAGAGACCCAAAGCAUAUCAACGAGGACGUUGUAAAGGUGGAUUUUGAGGAUGUGAUAGCUGAGCCUGUGGGAACAUACAGCUUUGACGGCGUCUGGAAAACCAGCUACACCACCUUCACCGUCAGCAAGUACUGGUGCUACCGGCUGCUCUCUGCCAUCCUGGGCAUCCCCCUGGCAGUCGUCUGGGGCUUCCUCUUUGCCCUCAUCUCCUUCUGCCACAUCUGGGCAGUGGUGCCCUGCAUCAAGAGCUACCUGAUAGAGAUCCAGUGCGUCAGCCGAAUCUACUCCCUCUGCAUCCACACCUUCUGCGACCCGUUCUUUGAGGCUCUCUCCAAGAUCUGCAGCAACGUCCGAGUUGCUCUCCGGAAGGAGACCUAGGUCCCUAGAGCCGCCCCCACCAGCCCUCGCCCGACCACCCCUGCCUCCUGCCGUGUGCCCUGCCUUCGGGCACGGGGACACCCAUACCCAGGGACCUGCAGUGUGGUGGGACCCUGCGGCAGAGCUGCCGGGGAUGCUCCCUGUAGAUGGAGGCACGCCAGGCUGCUCCUUUCUCCACCCCAAAGCCAGCAGCUUUAGGAGAAGAAAAGCCCGUUGAGUCUCGGCAGCCCAGGGAGACCCCUGUGCUCUCCAGGCCCCCAGCAUCACCCUCUGCUCCUGCGGGAGGGACCACAGCAUCUCCCAGACCACAGCCCUGGGCCACGACCCGCAGCUGCAGAGCGAGAAUCGAGGGUGCAGAGAUGCUGCUGGACGAGAGACCAAACCCUGCACGCUUCUCCAGCCCUUCCUUCAGUGUAGCAUCACCAAGGCGUACAAAUUAUUAUUAUUUGCUGCAAAUGAUUGUUGUUGUGGAAGCUUCUGUAUCAAAUCACGCUGCACAAAAGUUUUAUGGAUAGAAUAGCGAAAGCAAACUUUUCUUUUUUUGUGUGUGUUUGCAUUUCAGCAAAGCUUUGAAAUCCAGAUCAAUUAGUGCAUGAAAUGUUAUGUCUGCCUCCUGGGAGCACGUGCUGGGCCUGGGCCACCAGCAAUUGCAAAACCACAUGUGGCAGGGUGACUCAUUUAUUAAUUGUGGGGCAUCGUUAUCCUUUGUGGCCAGGAUUCCAGGGGCAGCAUGGGACCGGUGGGCAGCUGGUGAGCACGCCGGGGCUGCAGUGGGGCAGCUGGGCAGAGCAUGGGGAGCAACGAGAACAAAUGGGUUUUGAUAACUUCACUUGAGAAAUGAGAAGCUUGGCUUUAAGUAAAGCUUUGGCUUCUUUCUCAGGGAGAAUGUUUACUGCAGAAUCACAGAAGGGUAGGGGUUGGAGGGACCUUCAGAGAGGGCUCUACGUGCUUGCUUGCGUGACGCUGGGCAAGCCCUAGCCUGCAGCAAUGUGCUCUUCUUCCCCAGCUGUCUCUCUGCUCCGUGCCCUGCCCGGCUCCGCAGGAGGAGAACCUCGUCCGAGGCACUGCCUUGCGCCCUUCCCUCCCACAGCAUCCCACGGUAUCCCACAGCAUCCCGCAGCAGGGCUCACCCAGGCGUGCCGGGGGAGCGGGCCAAGGACCCUCCUCUGGGACUCUGCCCGCUCCCAGCCACUCCACUGAAAACAUGAGGAAGGAUGAGGGGAAAAAAAAUCCAAUUUGGAGCUAUUUCCUCCCCUGUAUUGUCAAUUAAUUUGCUUAGUCCAUCCUUCAUGAAGCCAUACUUUGAGGCACUUAAAGGCUUUUUUGGCUCUGGCCUCAAGUGCUUUGCUGAAUCAGGGCCCAGGAGGUCUCGUUCAGAGGUUAUUCUCGAUUGUAUUCAUGUGCUUUUUUCCCUUGGCUGCCAACAAAGACUUGGAGCCAAAGUUUCUUGUAGUGCCAUGCCAAGGGCAAGAAAGAGUUAGAUUUUCUAUUGGUGCUCUUCCGAUGGGUUGGGAUUGUGGUCUUUCAUUAUUCCAUAGCUAUACAGCACCCAUGCUCUACCAACACCAGGCCUUGAGAUGGAUGGAGUGAUACAAAAAAAAAAAAGAUAUUUAGAUAAUAUUUAGAUAUUUGUAGGGGAAAAAAGGUCUCAAAAACAUUUUAUCAUGAGCAUUUUUUAAAGCUUUUUGUGGGAAUAAAAAUAAUUAAAAACAAUACUGGGAUUAUAUUCUUUUUAAUGGCUUUUUGUUCUAGUUGUUCACAGCCUGAACCCAAAAAACCUCCAAAAUCCUGAUCUCCCCUCGCAGUGGUCUAGGGGUUCCCUACACGUGGAGCCCGCACUGCUCAGUCAUCAGCACUUUGCUUUUGAGCCUUUGGCAGCAUGUUAAAUAUCCUUCCACCGCGACAAAGCUGGAGUUCCUCUGCCCAUCCCCAUGUUGCUGCAGGCCGGGGACGGCGCGGGAGCUUGGCGUCACUCGUCUGGAGAUGGCAGUGUCCCCACGCGGGGGGCACGGCCCUGCCUGACCCCAUAAUUGCCGCCAGAAAUUGCACCCGGGGCUCGCCAGGCAAUGCCCUGCCUCUCCCGGAGCUUCCUCCUUGCUCCAUGCAUCAGUCCCGGGAAAAUCUACCACCACGUUGGGUUUCCUUCCUGGCAGACGGAGGAUGUGCCAAGCCCUCGGGUUCCUGAUAAAAUUCAGUUUUAAAAACCCCCCUCCUUCUUCUGGGCAGGAGCCAAUUACUCUCAAGGAGAAGGAAAAUGAACACGGGAGGAAAACGCUAUGUGCUUUCCUAUUGGAUUUAAACCAGCCCAGUAAAAUAUGCUGACACCGAAUGUGCUGGGUCGUACUUAGCAAACGUGCUGAGAGCUCACUUGAAGCUACUAGAAAAAAAAUCAAAGGAAUGCCAGGACGUGAAAGGUGGAAAUGCACCUGCUGAUGACAGUGAAAAAAUAAAGUACAUGUUUAAAUGCAUUUUUCAUAUUCAUUCCCAACAUGAAAGGGAUGCAUGCAGGCCUUGCUUCUGCGCCCCCCCGUCCCGCUGCAGUGAGCGAAGG